UACUCACACAAAACAGCGAGAAUACCCUUCCACCGCACUUUGGGAUCGACACUCUGAGCCUCUUCGCACAGCAGAGCAGAUGAGGUGUUCAGCGCCACUGACGUACACCCGUGAUGGUAUUUCAGCAUGGAAUUGAGGAUAUAUACGCCUGUCUCAACCCCAACCCCAGCCUCCCCCAUUCUCCACUACACUAUUCAGAUCCACUUCAACAAGCUUAUACUCUAUUCUCUUGACACUCAGCCUCCAAGCAUCUAACGCUCAACGCUUUAGCCUCUACCACCUUGACAAGAAAACCAACCAAGAUGCCUCUCUUCCACCGCAACUCCCUCUCCAGCUCGUCCGACCGCAGCAUCGACGACCCCAACACCCACAACUACUCGCACCACUCCCAUCGCUCGCACCACUCCACCUCCCCGCGCUCCAGCCUCUCCUCCUCGUCCUCUUCCUCCCGCCGUCGCAGCAGCAGCCACAGCUACGGCCACCACAGUCACAGCCACAGCGGAAGCACCCACGGCCACUCGCGCUUCAGCUUCGGCAGCCGCCGCCACCAGGAAGACCCCUCCGUUCUCGCCGCCAAGGAGCAGGUCUCGCGCGCCGAGGCCGCCGAGCGUGAAGCCGACCGCGCCCUGCUGGCUUCCCGCCGGGCCGUGCAAGAUGCCCGCGAGCAUGUGAGGCGUCUGGAUGAGGAGGCGCGCAUCGAAGCCCGCGCCGCGAAGAUGAAACAGGACCAGGUCAAAUCGAUCACGAAACGGGCCAAGCCGCUGGGACGUAAGUGAUUCGUUGCUGUGCUGUACACUUGGCUUGGCGGGUUGAGGUUGGUGCUGAUGGACUGUGUGUGUGGUUUAGGGCAUGUUUGAGGGGAGUGAGAGUGUUCGAUCCGCUCCCGGACGCUUGAUGUACUUGUACUAUUAUUGUCUGACUGUAGCUUUUUGUCGGUUUUCUUAGCGUAGUUGGCUUUGUGCUUUUCGAGCGAUGCUUCUUGGUUUCGCGAUGUGACGUGGACUGUACGAU